AUGAAAGCAGCCUAUAUACAGUUCAUCGGUGGCGCCAGCGGAGACAUGCUCCUUGGCGCCCUUAUUGAUUUGGGACUUUCGUUGGAGGAACUCCGAAGCAGCCUGUCUCUUCUAAGUGUGGACGGCUACCAACUAUUGGGAAUACCAGGUGUAUAUGCUGCUCCACUGGUUCUGGGUGUUUCCGCGCCACCGCGCUGGCCUGGCGGAUAUUCCAACCCUGCCCCAGCCACGCUGGAACUUGUUGCCUUGGCGAAAGCCCCCAUCGCGCCCGAACUUUCCAUCCACCAGGGAGCGGGCGAGUUAACCACCCCCACCGGCGCUGCCAUCAUUGCUUCGCUAGCCCAGUUCCAGAGGCCGGCAAUGACCGUGGAAGGCAUCGGCGUAGGGUUGGGCAGCAAAGACCCGGAAGCCUUCCCCAACGUGGUCCGCAUAUGGGUUGGCGAGGUCGCCGAAAAUCCGGCGCAAUUCUCAGCCAUUGGCCCGCGCCAACAGGGAAUAGUGCUGUUGGAAACCAACCUGGAUGAUGUAACGGGUGAAGUAUUGGGGUACGCUCAGGAGCGGCUUUUCGACCUCGGCGCCCUCGACGUUUGGCACACGCCUAUUCAAAUGAAGAAAAAUCGGCCAGGGAUUAUCCUGUCCGCACUUUUACCACAAAGCCUGGAGCAAGCGGGGGUGGAGCUUAUUCUCCGAGAGACGCCUACUUUGGGUGUGCGCAGCCGACCGGUAGAAAGGUAUGCUGCGGAAAGACGGAUCGAAACUUUGGAGACCGACCUGGGACAGAUCCGAGUGAAGCUAAAGUACCUGGCCGGCGGGAUCGUGGCUGCUGCCCCGGAAUACGAAGAUUGCCGGCGCAUCGCACUGGAAAGUGACCGAUCGCUAAUGGAAAUCUAUCGGAAGGCGGAAACGGAAGCGCAGGCCAAAUUUCUGACCUGA